AUGGACUCUCCACGGCGGUCUCGGAACCGCGCCGCGUGUGUGAGAUGUCAGCGCCGGAAAAUCCGAUGCCAUAUCUCGCGAGAUCCGCGAGAUCUCCGAGAUGAUGGAGAUCUUCCCCGGUGCGCAUCGUGCCGAAAGGCUAAUGUUGCCUGCGUAAACGAUGGAAAACAGGAGGUUAAUCGCACGUACAUUGCGAACCUACAAAAGCGAGUGCAGUGGCUAGAGUCAUUGGUAAAGGAACAGAAUCCAACGGUCCGGCUAGAGGAUGGCCCGCAACUAGACCUAUCAGAUAUCUCGCAACUCGAACCAACGGAGGGAAGCACUCAACCUGAGUCUACCAUUCCACACAGCGCCCGCAUACGCCGGUCAACAACACCUCACCAUGAACAACCCGGGCCAGCAGAUCCGCAACCAUCUCGAGCACAUUCAAGACCGGCCCACGAAAUUGGGCUUGUCUCUCUUUCCUCGGGAGAGCCGAGGUACAUCGGUCCCUCAAGUGGAUAUUUCCUAGCAAACCUCAUAUUUUCGAGUACUGGCCGACGACCGGGGCCAUCAGGGAAUCAUGGAAACGCAAAUAAGCCAAUGUCGCUUUCAUCUGAAUUUUUCAAUAGCCCAGCACCACUCCCAAGUCGCAAAGAAGACGCGGAGGAGCUUACUUCAAAAUACUUUGCUUCGGUACAUCUCAUGUACCCGUUUCUACACCAACCGACCCACAUGACAAGGCUCCGGAGAAUGUAUAGCAAUGAAGUCACCCCCAGCCCAGCGGAUGCCUUUCACGUCUACUUGGUCCUCGCAGUAGUGGCCUCGGAUCUCUCUAGGCGAUUUAGAAUACCUCUUCCAGCCGAGGGGUAUUACACAGCAGCUACCCAGUAUUUCGAGCGUGCAUGUGCUGAUGGCUCUUUGGAAGGACUGCAAAGUCUGCUCUUGCUGAUGGUAUACGGACUUCAUAACCCCUCAUGCGACAUCAACGUCUGGAGCCUGAAUUACCAAUGCUUGGGCUCCCUGAUUGACCUGGGCCUUCAGCGUGAUGUUCGUGCAUCAUCGACAUUCUCAAUAUCAUUCUUGGAGCAGGAAAUGCGAACUCGCAUCUUCUGGGUUGUAUACAGCUUUGAUCGUACAUUGGGGACUAUGAUGGGUCGUCCGAUCGGUGUGAGAGAUGAAGCGUGCGAGCUUCGGCUCCCUUCAGAUGUCUCUGAUAGUGGUCUCUCCGAGUCAACUUCCAAUGAAAUAUCACCAAAUCCCACGACUUCUCACAUGACAUUCUCUAUCCACCUGUUCAAACUUGCCCGCAUCAACUCUGAGAUUAAAUAUGUCAUGCAUAGCAUCUGCAGAGAUCCUCCCCGAUACGCGUACCCCCCAGUGCCCGACAUCCAUCUGUGGCAGAAAGAGAUGGUCGAACGCCUUCAGGCCUGGCUUGCAGACAUCCCACGUGGAGCUGGAGACGAUGCUAUCACGAAAAUAUGCGAAACCAAGUAUCACGAAAUGAUAAUACUGGUGCUAAGACCUAGCCCCGGGAUUCCCGAACCAUCGGAAGAAGUGCUCGCACGAUGUUUCCAGCAUGCUGUAGAUCUUCUCCGCGGGUUUGGGGAGCUUUACCGACAGGAAGCUCUCUUAUAUAGCCGACUCAUUGUUCACUCCGUCUUCUUGGGUACGCUGAUAAUGCUACACUGCUUAUGGAGACUGCCCCAUGUUGCAUCCGAGGUGCAGAUUGAUGAGGUGGUCGCUGACACGAGCAUAAGUCUAAAUAUCCUAAGCAGCAUUGGGGAAUACUGGGCCGAGGCUAAGCGCGCAAGGGAUUGCAUCCAUGAGUUAUCUGGUGCGACUGUUCAGAGACUUAUCCGGAUGCGAAGUUUGGAAGCCCCUUCAAGCUCGACCAGAGGCAAGAACCAAUCGACUUCCGGCACAGGAAGAGCACAGAGAAUUCAGACUUCCAAUGCGGGAAUGGAGCUGCCUUCUACACUUCGUGCUGACUCGGGUAUCGAAAGCCUCCCGCUGAACUCCUUCAUGGAUGAUUACGACCACGCUGAUUCUAUGAAUUGGCUGCAUGAUUCCAUGCCCGGGGGCUUUAUGGACUUCAGCGGGGCUCCGGACUUCGACACUCUCAUGUGGGAGGUCUUUAAUGCUAAUUGA